GAUGUACAGUGACGUAAUUUCCGGUAUGAACGGGGGAGCAAAUCAAGGAGAUUGACGCGCGAGAUCAUGUAUGACUGGAGUCCGGUUUGCGAAAACAUCGGACGUUGCGGGAAAAAAAUAACUGUCUUCAUGAAGUUUUAUGUGUUACACUCUCAGCUGUAAUCACCGGACAGAGAUCCAAGAUGCCCAUUCCUCCCCCUCCUCCCCCAACUCUUAGCCAGACAAACACAACCCCUCCCAAGCUGAGCCGAGAUGAAGCAAAGGGCAGAGGGGCAUUGCUCACUGAUAUCUGCAAAGGGCCCAAUUUGAAGAAAGUUGGCAUUGUCAAUGACAGGAGUGCACCUAUGAUUGAGAAGCCGAAAGGAAGUGGCGGAGGGUCUUCUGCACCGGGCCAGCCAGUGGGAGGGUUGUUUCAGGGUGGCGUCCCAAAAUUGCGACCUGUAGGAGAUGGUUCUGCAGGCAGGUCUGCGUUGCACCAUCCAGGUACUCGUUCUGCUGCCCCUCGUCCACCCAGCAGUCAUGAUGACCCCGACAGUCCCUCUCAGCAGGACUCCCCCCCGGAGUCUGGCCGUUCCCAGAGGCCAUCCCUCCCUGAUCUCUCCCGUUCCCCCAGUGUAGGCAGCAGCCCCUCUACAGGCAUGAAGCACAGCUCUUCAGCCCCACCUCCGCCACCCCCAAUGUCCCGGCGUGGAAACGCUCCUCCUGCCCCGCUGCAGAAAGCCACAGCGCCCUCGUACAAUCGUGAAAAGCCACUUCCGCCGACUCCAGGGCAGCGAGGGCCCUCUCCAGCACCGGUGCGUGAAAACGCGCCACCUCCACCAGUGAAACCUCCUCCGUCUCCUGCGAGCAGCCGCUUGUCUUCAUCUUCUUCUUCCCUGACCCCGCCGCCGCCCCCUUACCGUCAGCAGUCUGGGGUUUCCAAUGGCCCCUCCAGUCCUGUGAAUGUGGCGGCCCCCGAACUGCCCCAGAGACACAACUCACUCAGCAAGAAGCCUUCAGCAGGUGGACACACACCGACACGCGGACAUGCGCCACCUCCACCACCGUCACCCACCCCACAGCCUGCCAGACCCCCGCCUCCAGCACGAGAGGCCCCGGGACGAGGAGCAGCUCCUCCAGUUCCUGGGCAGCCGUCACGAAAUGGCCGGGAUGCUCCACCGCUGCCUCCACCUCCUUACCGGACUCACGCCGGACCCCCGCCCCCUCCCCCGCCCCUCCGCAAUGGACACACUUCCAUUUCCCGUUCCUUUGUAGAUGAUUUUGAGUCCAAGUAUUCUUUUCACCCUCUGGAUGACUUCCCUCCUCCAGAAGAGUAUAGACACUUCACUAAGAUAUACCCAAGCAAAGCUAACAGAGUAAUGAGAGGAGCUCCUCCUUUGCCACCUGUUGGGAGGUAAACACUGACCAGUCGCUCGGGCUGCAUCGGCGACGAGGGUGCCUCAUAAAGACCCAUAUGCUCAUAAACAGACAAUCUCACAUGCACAUCUAAAGACACAAAGCCUGCACCUUAUUAACAGCCAUUCCCCCAUCGGAAGCAAGCUCCAUUCCAUUGUAUCACUUUUGUCCGGUGCGGACGGUCAUCGUCACUCAGAAAAGAGGGAAAUGAGGGAAAGUAUUGCAUUCCACCAUCAAUAACAGCCAACUUUUUUUUUUUUUUUUUCCUUUUGACGUUUUAAGUACCUAGGUAGCAUUGCACAUUUGGUUGGAUGUGCUCUGGGAGCCUGUAUGUAUAGGUAAAGCGUAGCACUUGAGAUGGGAAAAAGCAUGUCCCUGGAAAAUGUCUUAACUACUACGUCAGGCAACAUGUUCAAUGUUUUGUUGUUCAUUUUUCCUCUCAGUCGCUACCCCAUGUUAUGCACUGUGAAUAACGCGUGUCACUCGGAGCAGAGCGUGUCUUGAGUGUGAGCUGAACUGUACAAACUGUUACUGCUUUAGAUGUUUUUGUCUUUUGUCCUGGUCGUGCCGUUUCAGGGAACAGCCAUUACCUUUAAGUUCUCUCAGGGGGUUUGUUGGGACUUCAUUACCCUCCGGUAAGGUUGUGAACGAAAAGUCCGAAAGUGCCAACAGAUGCUCUGCCAUUAAUAAAUCAGCAUGGCUCCUUCAGUCCUAACAGAUCCUCCUUUGGGAACCGGUAGGUUGAUUGCCUUUUAUCGUUUGUUCUAAAGAUGGACCCUGGGAUUUUUUUCAGGUUCGGAGUUGUCGUCAUGCAGUACUCCUCGCACUUUGUGCCGUAACCUCACCUGCAUUGUGAAUCCUGGCUUUUCUGUCAUUUUCCCGCUACAGGACGGCACAGCUAUGCUGCUUGCAUUAUGUUUGAAAGCAGGUCUUGUCCACAUGCUGUCUACGGACUGGUUUUGGUGGGCAGCGUUGUGUCAAAGACGGCCUUUGACGGAGCGUUUCAGCCAUUUAUGAAGUUGAUCUAGGAUUUUUAUCACUGCAAAAAUCAAGUUCAAUGCAUGCUGCUUUUUGGGACAGACCUCCAAUAUAAACAUUGGGUAAAUUUGCAUGUAAAGUCGUGAAAUUGCUUUCUGUAUUGCUUCAUUUUCUUCUGUUUUUUAACAAUGCAUCAGCUGUUCGGAUGAUAGGACCAUGACCAAGGGUUCUGGAACGGUUGUCUUAUAUUUUAUAAUAUUGCUGCAGAAAUGUGGCAACUAGUCAUUUCAUUACCAGUCAUGUUCAUCUAACUGAUGUUUGCAGUCAGCCUAGCCAUACAUGCAGAUUCGGAACGCAUUCAAGGCUGACAUCCCAGCUUGUUCGGUGUCAUAUUGUUAGAUCUUCCUGUUUGUAUGUUCAUGUUUAUUCUCUAGAGAAUAGUCUGCAUUUCAGAUCUGCAGAAAAGCUAACUUUUUCAUAAAUGGAGUGUAGAUUAGAUGGACAGUUGUGAACUUUUUUUUGCCCCUCUUUGUUCUUCUGCCUUACAUUUACUGAUUAACGUGUCGGUACGGGAUUUGUAAAAAAAAAAAAGAAGAAGAAACUGUAUUUACAAGUACAUAUGGUAGUGAUAAAUCUAUUUUUAAGUUGUAAAAAGCUUGUAAUAUAGUAAAUAAUUUCAGGCAAACAGGUUUCAAAUGAAGUCUCCGACUAAUCGUUACUUGAUGGAAUGUCCUUGUGCAUGAAUAUGGCUGAGGAUGUUUUCUUAGACUAAUACUUGUCUCUACUUGCCUACUGUCUGCCAGCAGGGGUCAGUGUACAUGUCUUUAGACGAGCAUAACUUACUCACAUUGAGAGAGAGGACUGUCAUUGUCACCAUUCCAUGCUUAACUAAAGCCUGUCCACACCUGUUGAAAUAAAGCUGAGGAAAAAACAUG